UCGCGGGCCCGGCAUUCUGUUUGAACGCAUCGCUGAUCAACGCUACCAAUAUGUACAAGUCCACACUUCUGUUGCUAGCAGCCGUGAGUCUAGCGAGCUGCGACGAGGCGAGGAAGAACAAGUAUGUCGAUCCCUUCGCAGCAUUGGACCGGCAUAUCAGUCACUCUCUCGCUUACCACUAUCUAUGGCCCUGGAGUCAACUGAUACGAGCGGCCGCUGCACUAGACGUCGAAGAAAGUUUGGAGGAGCCUAAAAUUAUUUCUGAACCUGACAAAUUCGAGAUCAUUUUGAGCGUGAAGCGAUUCAAGCCUGACGAACUGAAAAUCAAAGUCAAAAACCGAUACAUCAUCGUUGAGGGCAAGCACAAGGAAGAGGGUGACGACAAGCGAUUCAUGACGAACCACUUCGUGCAGCGAUUCGUGCUGCCGCCGGGCAGCAAGCCUGAAGAGGUAACCGCCGUGCUGACGGAAAACAACAAGCUCACGAUCUCAGCACCGAAGCACGAGCUCCCGCCACCGCCACCGGAAAGGGAGGUCCCAAUCGAAGUGAGAGCACCCGAAGUCAAGACCGAGAAGAUCGAAACGGUCGAAGCGUCGUCACUGAAGCAGGACGAAACCGUACAAGUGUCGUCGGUAGCGCCCCCAAUUGAGCAGACCGGCGCAGAAGCGACGACGCACAUCGGUAAGAUACGGAAGAAGGAGUUGAAGGAGACCGCCAAAACAGCGAAGGACAAUGAAGUGACAAAAGGCGGCGACGGCAAUGGACUGGACUACGCCCUCAUCGAGCCAGAAGAGUGAUUAAAUUAGAUAGAAAUUGAAGACUGAACUUUAGCUUUAAUCGUGCCUCAGUGAUAUAAAAUCCGAAUGUGAUCGUAGUCCUGUACAGCGGCUGUUGUUAUAAGUAUGUUAAGAUUAUUUGUUUUAGAUAAUAAAACGUUAUUUAUUACACAAAAA